AUGCUUCUAAAAGAUGUUGUUUUGGAGGACCGGAUGGCCAAGACGUUGCUGAUUGACAAGCAUCGCACGUUUUUAUCCUCUUAUCCCGAGAAAUGUGAAGAACUUGAGUUGGUCAUGAGCGAACACUUCAAGAUGUCCGGAAUGUACUGGCUGUUCACUGCCAGAGAUGUGGCGAAAAACCUUGAGGAAACCGAGAGGAAAGAAGUGAUUGAUUUUGUGCAGUCUUGUUAUGACCCUGUGACCGGUGGUUAUCGUCCUGCCCUGGGGCACGACCCCCAUGUGUUGUACACUUUAAUUGCUCUGGUUGUUCUAGUUGCUCUGAUUGUUCUAGUUGCUCUGAUUGUUCUAGUUGCUCUGAUUGUUCUAGCUGCUCUGAUUGUUCUAGUUGCUCUAGUUGUUAUGCUUGUUCUAGUUGUUCUGGUUGUUCUAGUUGUUCUGAUUUUUCUAGUUUUUCUUCUUGUUCUAGAAGCUCCAUUUGUUCUAGUUGUUCCAUUUGUUCUAGUUUUUCCAUUUGUUCAAGUUGUUCCCUUUGUUCUAGCUGUUGGAAUUGUUCUAGUUGUUCCGUUUGUUCUAGCUGUUGUCCUGGCUCUGUACGAUGAACUCGGAAUCGUUGAUGUGGAAGGUGUUGUCCGGUUCAUCCAAAGCCUGCAGAUGGAGGAUGGUAGUUUUCAAGGGGAUUGUUGGGGCGAAAUCGACACACGUUUCACCUUUUGCGCUGCGGCGAGUCUAGCUUUACUGAACCGAUUAAAUGACAUCGACCGCGAGAAGGCAGUGGAUUACGUGAUGGCUUGCGAGAAUUGGGACGGCGGGUUCGGAGUGCGAGUAGGGUCUGAGAGUCACUCGGGCCAGAUUUUCUGCUGUCUCGGGGCGUUGUCCAUUCUGGGAGAACUCCAUAGGGUGAAAGCCGAUUUGCUCGGUUGGUGGUUAUGCGAGCGUCAGCUUCCCUCCGGCGGCUUAAACGGGCGUCCGGAAAAGCUUCCCGACGUGUGUUACAGCUGGUGGGUGAUGUCGUCUCUCAAGAUGCUCGGACGACUCCACUGGAUUGAUCACGCGAAAAUGCGUCGUUACAUUUUGGCCUGCCAAGACGAUGAAACUGGUGGCAUUGCCGACAGACCCGGUGACGUGGCUGACCCGUUCCACACGUUAUUCGGACUUGCUGGACUCUCCUUGAUGGCGCAUUGCGAAGAAGUGAUGGCGGAGGAUGAUGAGGCAGAGGUGGCAUUGCAUCGGGCGGAGCUUGUAGAGGUCGACCCUGUGUUCUGCAUGCCGCGGAAAGUGAUAGAGCGAAUGGGCAUUCAAACGGAGACACUUUUUGUUGGUUGUUGAGCGUACUUGUACAAUAUAUAUAUAUAAACAGUUCAUUUGCAGUACUUCGAAAGACUUGCGUUUUUGCUUAAUGGAUAAGUGCGGGCACCGGGUGG